UGUGCCCAUGAGGUCGUCCAUGCUGGUCCUGUUCCUCCUCUUCAGUGCCCAGGCUGUGGCCACCAUCGGAGGAGCAGCACAGCAGGAGCAGCAGCAGUGUCCAGGCAACAACCCCAGCUCCAUCCCCACAGUGGACCCCAAACUCUUCACCAAACGCCACUACCUCUCACCCAGGGUGCUCUUCAGCGCUCAGCCCCCUGAUGCAGAGCCGGCGGGGUCACAGGGUGCCGGCAGGAGGACCCGCAGGCGAGCAGGGCAGCCUCAGCACCGUGGAGUUUACUCAGUGUGUGAGAGCAUCAGCGUCUGGGUGGGCAACAAGACCAAAGCCACGGACAUCUCAGGCAACGAGGUGACAGUGCUUCCAGACGUGAAUAUCAACAAUGUCAACAAGAAGCAGUACUUCUUUGAGACGACGUGUCACAGCGCACACUCAGGCAACUCCGGCUGUCUGGGAAUCGAUGCGAGACACUGGAACUCCUACUGCACCAACUCACACACUUUUGUACGAGCGCUCACUUCGUUUAAGAACCUGGUGGCAUGGAGGCUCAUACGCAUCAACGUGGCCUGCGUGUGUGUGCUGAGCCGCAAGUCAUGGCGGCAGUGAAGUCUCUACAUGCACAUCUCUCUCUCUCUUCCUCUUACACACACCAACACACAUACACACACACACACACACACAAGGUCACCGUGAAAUACAGUACAAAUACAGGCAUACCUAUCACCAAAGACUUCUCACCUUCUGCACAAAGUAAAUUAUUGGUAACCGACAAAGUAUCAGGACUGCAUGUAUAUACACCAGGCCUGGGUCAAACAGUAUCUGAAGUUUGUAGCUAUUAUUUUUACCUGUUCAGGAGAAUCAAUAUGAAGGGUUUCUUGCUGUGUCAUUAGCAUCUGACUGUCUUAGCUGCAGUUUGUAACAGGUUCAACUUAUGGAAAUUUAAAACUGCGCAGUAAAUCAGACCUGAUUGUUGAGACAACAUGAGCUCAAGGCCCGUAUUUAUCAAACUCCUCUAGUUACACUUCAAGAGAAGCUCCAUUGACUUUUAGAGCAGACACUACUAAUUUAUGAAAUUAGUUUUAUUAGUUUAUUUAUCAAUUAACUGAUUGAAAGAAAAUUGGUUGCCAUCGGUUGUUUUGAUAAUUGAUUCAAUGUUUCAGUCAAUUUCAAGCAAAAAUGUCAGACAUUUGCCGGUUCCAACUUCAUAAAUGUAAUGACUGGGACAUACAGGCAAUCUGAAGACAUUACUUUGGGCUCUGGAAAAGUGUAAUGAGAGUUUAUCUCAUAUUGUUUUUUUUAAUCGUUUUAUUAAUAAUUAAGUCUAUUUACAGUCAUUGUUAAGUGGAAAGACUUUUUUCUCAAAUUAAAAUCCAGGGGUAAAAGUGAAGGAUUUCUAGGGUGCCCUCAAAGGGUCAUGGCAGGACUGUUUUUUAUAGUCCACUUGAUGAGAACAGAUGAGGCUACAUCGUAAUAUAGCUCAGCCUUUAUGCAUCAGAGGAGAUCCUCAAUUAAUUGUGAGGCAAUGCAAAAAUAAUGUCAGAAUAAAAAAUCCACCAUAACCUCUCAGGGGUUCUGUAUAUUUUUAGCAUUAAAGAAGUUUACAGUAGUUUAAUAUGGAUAAAUGUAUGGAUAAAUAAUAUAUAAAUGCAUCCCUGGCUUCAGCUGAACUACAAAUAAACUGUUGUUUAGCCAAAAGUCUGAUGAAGUUGCCUGAUAAAAUUCGCCCCACAUGGCCACAGGUGAUUCAGAAAAUUGCAGCUCAUAGGAAAUUAGUUUCAGAUGUCUGACUUAGCUGCUAAGGAAGGAAAUUAAAAACAGCACACACUACAGCUAGACACAAUUGGUAUUUUAUCAUUUAAAACCUCUGCAGCAGGUUUAACACGAACCUCAGGUCUGAUGACCUCUUUUAUGUGACAUUUAGGUGACUUCCACAGGACUCAGGAACUUUAAGCUGCAGCUUCUAAAGACACAGCAAUGGUGUUUAAGAAACUAUGUGAUAUUGUUCAAGACAGCAAGUUUAAACCUGUCAUAAACCUUAAACCGCUGCUAAACUGGUGACAGAGCAACAGGCCCCACCGCAACACAAUCAUCCUAAUUACAGUAUUUUUCUGCCACUCAUUAUAUUGUCCUAUAGCACAUAAUACUCACUCUAAGUGGACUGACACAACCUACAAACUUUGGAAUUACAAUUUGAUCCUGGUCUGAUAUAAGCAAAACUUUUGUUAAAAUGUUGUUGUUGAUAUUGUUAUUUAUUAAACACGUCCAUACA